CUCGGGAGGGCUGCGGCCGGAAGAGUCGGCCCAUCAGCCGGGCCAUGGAGAGCCCUGACCCCAGCGCGCGGUGCCCAUUGCAAGAGCAGCGUGCCCGUUGGGAACGAAAACGCGCUUGCACCGCCCGCGAGCUGCUGGAGACCGAGCGACGCUACCAGGAACAGCUGGGGCUGGUGGCCACGUACUUCUUGGGCAUCCUGCGAGCCAAGGGGACCUUGCGACUCCCAGAGCGACAGGUCCUUUUUGGGCCCUGGGAGCUCAUCUACGGAGCUAGCCAGGAUCUGCUUCCCCACCUGGAAGGAGGGCACUGGGGUCAGGGAUUGGAGGGCUUCUGCCCCCAUCUGCAGCUCUACACCCAGUAUGCCGCCAACGCAGAUAGGUCCUGGACCACCCUGCAGGAGCAGCUAAAGAAAAACAAACGUUUCCGAAGGUUUGUGCGGCUUCAGGAAGGACGCCCAGAAUUUGGGGGCCUUCAGCUACAGGACCUGCUACCUUUGCCUCUGAAGAGGCUCCAGCAGUAUGAAAAUCUCGUUGUUGCUCUGGCUGAAAACACAGGUCCCAACAGCCCUGACCACCAACAGCUUACAAGGGCUGCCCGGCUGAUAAGUGAGACUGCUCAGCGGGUCCACGCUAUUGGUCAGAGACAGAAGAAUGACCAGCACCUCCAGCGUGUCCAGGCACUGCUCAGUGGACGCCAGGCAAAGGGGCUUAUCACAGGGCGCUGGUUCUUACAUCAGGGCUGGCUGUUGGUGGUGCCUCCCCAUGGGAAGCCUCGGCCCCGCAUGUUCUUCCUCUUCACUGAUGUGCUACUGAUGGCCAAGCGUCGACCCCCAUUGCAUCUGCUGCAGAGUGGCACCUUUGCCUGCCAGGCCCUCUACCCCAUGGCCCAGUGUCAACUCCACAGGGUCUUUGGCCACUCAGGAGGUCCUUGUGGUGGACUGCUCAGUCUGUCGUUCCCCCAUGAGAAGCUACUGCUUAUGUCCACACACCAGGAGGAGCUAUCACGCUGGUACCACAGUCUGACUUUGGCUGUCAGGCCUUCUCAGUUAAAUGAAGAAAGCGAUUUUUGUGCCCUGAAGGUUGGCAUGAUGGUGGCCUCAGAAAUACAAGGAAAAGAACUGGAGCUCCCUCUAUCUUUGCCUUCACCCUGGAGGGCAGCCUUGUUUUAUCCUAAUAAGGGAAGCUUUUCAAGAAGGCCCAGUUGUCCUUAGGCACCUAGUAUGGGUGUGUACAACCAGCUGGGAUGGAAAAAGCACGCAGGAGCGCCCAGUCACAAGAAUAGGGUUUGUUUUAGUAAACCUUCAGCUGCUGUCCCUUCCCUCCCUCCCAGCUGGAGUUGUGACUGGGGCCCUUUGCUGCAGCCACGCUGCUUCUUCUUCUUAGCCCCUGCACCACUUCCCAGGCGGGAGCUAGGUUCCAUGUCUCUGUGCUCCAGUUUAGGGGCUCCUCCCAGGCCUGACUGUCACCAGUCUCUUCUAUAGAUAAAUCCUCAGGAAAGGGUGAGCUGGCCUCUGUGAGGGAAAAGAUCAGGCAUGAUCCCAUUUUAGACAUUGUCUCCAUCUCCACCAGAUCCUCACCUCCAACCCUUUACCUGGUUCUGCAACCUCCACACCCUUGUCCAACUUGUUCUCUUGUAGCAGCUGGUGAAUGGUCUGUAGCUUCAUGUUCAGAAGCUCCUGCUGAGCUCCAGCCAGAGUAGUCACACUGCAGAAAUGUCCACUCAGGGGAUGCCCACCCCAUGUUACCACCCGCCCCCAUUCUCCUGAACACAAGUCAUUACUCUCCUCACCACUCAAACAGGGGGUCCAGCUGGGCCAUUAGGUUGUUCAGGUGCUGCUCUGUCUGGGCCAGUUGUUGUGUCAACUGGGCCAGCUGUUGCUCUGGGGGUAAAGGAGAAGGGGGCAAUGGUUACUUAUCUUCUGCUGUACCCUAAUCCCCCACCAAACAUAGACUUCUGCAAAACUCACCUGACUGCAAUGAUUCCUUGCCUGCCUCCUCUUGGAGAACUGCAGCCUCAUCUUUCCCCUGCUGUGGAAGAAGGAAAGGGCAAAACUGCAGUAAAAAGAUCCUGCUCCACCACCUCAGCCUCCAAAGCCAGGGAGACAAUUUCAGGUACAGAAAGCUAUUGAGCUUUCACCUUAGAGAGUCAAUCACAUCUAGUCCAGCUCCCCACCCACCCAGGACAUGAAGCAACAUGUCAAUGAGACCCUACACGUGGUCAUUCAGUCUGCCACACCUCCAGGAGUAACUCCACUUUGAUAUAGCUCUGAUUGUUAGUUCUUAGUACAAAAUCAAAACGUGUCCAUUUAGCUUCAUGCCGUGGUGAUUAGUCUUCUAAAAAAAGUCUCUUCAACAUGAUAGCCCCUCAGGAGUUUGAAGACAGCAAUCAUUCUCCAUCCCCCUCCCCCCACCUAGCAUUUCCAGCAUCUUCUCUUGGUUUAAUAGACCCCAUCUUUUCAGUGUUCAUGUGACAUGGUUUAUCAGGCUGCUUUACUCAGUAUAUGCCCUGAAAAGACUGAAAUUCUCCAGAGGUGCUCUGAUCAGCAGAUAAAGCACAACUACCUCACUCCUAGCACUGAUUUGGAAAGUGGGUUAUCACAUUAUACAAUUGAGCUUAUAGUCAAGUAGAAUGCCUAAGUCUCUUUCAGGGAUAAAUCCUGUUAAAUCUUGUUUCUUCCAGUCUGCAUUUGGGUCCAAGAAUAAAAUUAAUCUAUCCCUGGUAAAUUUCAUCAUUAAUUUCAGUUCCUCAUCCUAGCCUGUCAAAUCUAUUUGGUAUCAUGAUGCCAAUUAGUUAUCCCCUCUAGUUUUCCAGUUUCAAUCCACCAAAAUGUACUGUCAGCUCACAUUUCAGGGCCCCUUUCCCAAGGAGAACAUGAAACUGCUUGGUCCCUUGAACACUAAAACACUGGCUAGAGCAAUCAAACGCUCAAGCCAAGGUUGGAAUCUCACCAGGAACCGCACUUUCAUAACACUAAACAACCCAAAAAAACCCAGUGCCAUUGAUAAAAAAAAAAAAAACAUUGAUAGCUGGGUUCCAAUCCAGCUCUGCCAGUUACUAGCUGAGUGACCUUGUGCAAGUGACUUACUCUCUUCGCUGUGUUGUUGGGAGGAAUAAACGCGAUGGUCAUUAUUUACAAUUUACCAAGCGCCCUUCACACCCAUUACCUCGCUGGAUCUUAAAAAUCACCCUGUACUGCUGAAAAGCGAAGGGACAAAUGUCUUCAUUUUACAGACUUCAUGGGAAGAUAUGUCCUGUUCCUGGUAUAUAGCACCGCCAGCCCCGGGAGUCCCGCACCUGCAAACACUUGAACAGCACAAAAGCCACUACGGCCGCAGUGUACAGCGCCCCCAAAGGCAGAGCCCCAAGUCGGGCUUGCUCUCGCUGGUCCUUGGGUGGCGGACGCUGCAGGGGUUCCGUGGCUCUGGCUCCAAGGCCGACCUGGGUGGGGUCCCCUGCGGAGGGAGGGCAGGAGAGGGUGAGCAGAGCGGGGCCUGGGACCCACGGACAGACCAAGCAUCCCUCCACAGCCCUCGCUGGUACCUGGGUGUGCCCGGAGGUCGGGGAUGGGGCGGUCUCCGAGGAGCCCCGGCAGUACAGACAAAAGUAGCAGCCCCAGCACCCCCUGGAACAAGAGCGCGCCGGACAUUGCCGACCUGCACACGUAGAGAGCUGGGACACUGAGGCGUUCCUGCGUGUGGCCGGCCGCCCCAGUGCGCACGCGCACACUAGCUGUCUCUCUGGGCCUUGCUGGGGCCACGCCCAUCUACUGUGGAGGCGGGGCCAGCUCUAUUUGCAUAAGGCAUUGUCGUCCGGUUUUCCUAAAUUAGUUUAUUUCUUAUUUAUUCAGGUAUUUUAUUAGCCACAUGCUCCCCAGGAGCCUAAAGUCUUAGAAAUCUAUGUCUAAAUGUGUUUUUUAAAUUUCUCACACCACUAACUUCCUCACCCUCAUCUUUAAAUAAAUUUCCUAGUUCACCUAUAAAAGGCUCGCCUGCAGAUACUAACGCGUGGCUCGUGCUGAAGGCCUGUUUCCUAGGCUACAGACGGAGGACUAGUUCCUCAUUUCUCACGCCUAGGGGAAAGUCCCCGGACCUUGGGCAGAAAGUGCCGCGUGCUCAUGCACGCAGGUCAUCCCGUCUCACAGUAAGCCCGCCAAGAAGCAACCCCGCCAUCUGCGGCUGGCUAGCUGAGCGGCGUGAUAGCGGGGUGUCGUCCGUCUACUGUGCUAGUUACGCAGGCAGUGCGUCUUCCGUGCGCACCAACCAAA